GCAAUCUGCUGGUUCCCAUUACAGUAUCUUUAAGAAUAUGACUAACGCACGCUUCAGCUUGUUCGCAUGGACUUCCCACCCAGCUCUGAGUGUGGAUCUUGUGUUGCCCUGAACCUGCUCCAAACCCCGGUGGACCGCCGAUGGGCUCGUCCCUCUGCCCUCGAGAACUGGUGGCUGUCCCCUUCUUUGUGGGCGGGGUCACAUCUCCUCCUUCCUCCCCCAGGACCCCUUCUGCCUCCUCAGGACAGGAGAGGCAGGCAGGCCCUGCGGAGGGCCCAGCAGGGGUGCACAAGGAGCUGCCGUCCAGUGCUGGGGAGGACCGAGCCCUGCUCCUCGGGUUCGCAAUGAUGGGCUUCUCAGCCGUCAUGUUCUUCCUGCUUGGAACCACCACCCUGAAGCCUCUCCUGCUCAGCCCACAGAGAGAAGAAUCGAACUGCACGACCAUGAGCACACACAUCGUGGAUGGCGGGCCGGACUGCAGCCAGGGCCAGUGCCCGUGCCUGCAGGUGUUCGUGGCCCUCGGCCACUCGGGUAGGAGCGCUCUCCUACAUUACAACGAAGAGGCGGCACAGAGAAACCCCCAGUGCUUUUACACACCCAAGUGCCACCGAGACCGGAAAGACUUGCUCAGCAGUGCUCUGGACAUAAAGGAAUUCUUCGAUCACAAAAACGGAACUCCUUUUUCAUGCUUCUACAGCCCAGACAGGCAACCCGACAUUGUCCUUGUGGACAGGUGUGACCACACGGCCGUCUCCCACUGCCUGCUGUGGCCCUCGCUGACUCUGCUAGGCGGUGCCCUGAUCGUGGGCAUGGUGAGGCUGACACAGCACCUGUCCCUGCUGUGUGAAAAAUACAGCCCUGCAGUCGGACCUGAGGUGGGAGGCCCAAGACCCCACCUGGGACGGCAUCGAUUCCAGCCGUGGGGCAUGCGGAGGGGCACGGGAAGCGGCAGGGCGCUGAGACCGCGGCCACGGCGCUCUGCAGGGCCCGCAGGGGCGCAUUAGGCCGGCCCGCAGUCGCGCAGUGAGGCAGCGUGCUCCCUGUGGAAACGAAUUCUAAAAGCCUGACUCUGUGUUCUCCUUAUGGCAUCAGCACUCCAGACCUCCUCCCGCACAAACCACGCUUCGUGCCAGCACAGCAGUGGCUCCAGGCCUUACCGUCCACCUGAUUUCAGCCUAGCUGCAGCCGUUGCAAGCCGAGGGUCACCCAGCAAGCACAGAGAGUGGCCUCCCCCCUGCCGUGCACCUGUCAGGUGUCUCACACAGAUUCGCAGUGGACGACUUCUUCACUGCGAGAGGAACACUGGUGGAGGACGUGGGCCCGCCGCACUGUCCUAGUCUGUCCAUCCUGUCCGGGGUAGAGGAGGGAAGCUGGGCCUCGAGGAUUAGGCUAGUUAGGGCUGCCUGUCCUCAGCCCCGCUGCGUGGACCUUCCUGUGUAGGCUCAUGCUGCUCUGUGCUCGUCCUGCUGCGAGGGGCGGCCAGACUUCCCUGGAGUGAGGCUCGGUCUCCUCACACUGCUCAGGUCACCCACACUGGGGCAGUCCAGGAGGCGACAGCCGUCCCUGCGUGAAGGGGCCGCAGAAGUUAAAUACCGUGUCACAGGAGCCUCCCGAUGGCCCCUCUCCAGGUUACGGGCUGGGUGUGAGAACCGACAGCCAGGCUCGCUGACUUCCAACGUGUCCAAGUAUCUUUGACGUUUUCCGAAAAAUGCACACUCUGGGCAGCACGAGAGCUUUGAAGCAACUUUUAAUGUAGAUGUAAUCAACCCAAAAACUUGGAUUCUAAGUCAGCUCGAUGCUGUUAGCACUUCAUUCCAAGUCACGAACGCCCUGCUGACUGGCCCAGGGGAGCCGCCGUGCUCCCCGGGUUCCAGCUAGACUGUCCGAGGGCGCCAGCAGUGCGCACACCUGCAGCCUUCUUGCCGUACCCGAGUCAGCGCGGGGGGCUCUCUGCUCACUGCAAGCAUACAUCUUCUCGCAGGUUCAGGAACAAGCCAGGGAGGGUAGGCAGAACACCCAGCUGUUUCUGGCAUGUAGUAGAGGUGUGCAAACAUGUUAGUACGCAAAUGAUCUUGUGCUUGAGGCCAGCAAGAGGCAUGGUGGUUAAAGGUGCUGGAUUUCCACAUGGCUGACAGGAGUUCAAGU